CCUGAACUACCCCGCCACAUAAAUUUUCUUGUGAAUCCCCUUUUCGCUCAUCGACAGCUUUCUUUGCCCGACUCCCUUCCCCUCGACCAUCAGCCUCCUGUCAACUCACAAGCAAAGAUGGCGUUCGGACAGCUCUACACCUACGCGGGCAACCCCCGCUCGACGGGCAUUCGCGCCGUCGCGAAGGCCAACAACCUCGAGCUCCAGGAGGUCGACACCGACACCACCAAGCCGAGCGCCGAGUUCCUCAGGCUCAACCCCCUUCACAAGGUCCCGACUUUCGUCGGCGCUGAUGGUUUUGUCCUCACCGAGUGCAUCGCCAUCGCUGUGUACGUCACCUCCCAGAACGAGAAGACCACCCUCCUCGGCAAGACCAAGCAGGACUAUGCCUCGAUCCUGAGGUGGAUGUCGUUCUUCAACAGCGAGGUGCUGCCCAAGCUCGGCGGUUGGUUCCGCCCCCUCCUGGGCAAGGACCCGUACAACAAGAAGGCCGUUGAGGAGUCGCAGAAGGGUGCCCUCUCUGUCAUCUCGGUCGUCGAGGCCCACCUCCGCGACAACACCUACCUCGUUGGUGAGCGCAUCACGCUGGCUGACGUGUUCGCCGCCGGCCUGAUCUCGCGUGGCUUCGAGUACUUCUUCGACAAGGAGUGGCGCCAGAAGAACCCCAACGUCUCGCGUUGGUACGAGACGGUCUACAAGCAGCCCAUCUACUCGGCUGUUGUCCCCGAGCUUUCUCUUCUCGAUACCCCCAAGUUGACCAACGUCGCCCCCAAGAAGCCUGAGCAGGCCAAGCCGGCCCCCAAGCCGGCUGCCGCCGUGGCCAAGCCCCAGGAUGAGGAGGAGCCGGCCCCGGCCCCCAAGCCCAAGCACCCCCUUGAUCUUCUUCCCCGGGCUUCCCUUCCCCUUGACGAGUGGAAGCGCCAGUACUCUAACAAGGAGACCCCUGAUGCCAUGAAGUGGUUCUGGGAGAAUGUCAACUUCGAAGAGUACUCGAUCUGGAAGUGUACCUACAAGUACAACGAUGAGCUCACCUUGACAUUCAUGUCGAGCAACCUCAUCGGCGGCUUCAACACCCGCCUUGAGGCUUCUCGCAAGUACGUCUUCGGCUGCGCGUCGGUGUACGGCGUCAACAGUGACUCGGUCAUUGAGGGUGCCUUCGUCAUCCGCGGCCAGGAGUUCGAGCCCGUCUUUGACGUCGCUCCCGACUAUGAGAGCUACGAGUUCACCAAGCUCGACCCCUCCAAGCCCGAGGACCGUGAGUUCGUCGAGCUCCAGUGGACGUGGGAGAAGCCGGUUGUUGUCAACGGCAAGGAGUACCCCCAUGCCGCCGGCAAGGUCUUCAAAUAAAUCAAAAAAAGCGAAGCGCAUGACAGGCCAGACGUGGCGGUGUGCUAGACUAUGGGACAUGACAUGACUGAUGAACGGGAAUGGACGGGGAAUCGGGAGGCAUAUGGGCCCGCUGGGUGGUUCAUUGUGCUUUGAUAUCACCAGUAGUCAAGUCGAGCAUGACUCGACGAAAUAGACACUAGCUACCGCGUCUGCGGGCUUGUUGCUCAAUGAGAACCAAUGAUCAUGA